AGAGGCGGGCGGCCGCAGAGCAGCACCGGCCGUGGCUCCGGUAGCAGCAAGUUCGAACCCCGCUCCCGCUCCGCUUCGGUUCUCGCCACUUCGGCCCUUGGGCCUCCAAACACCAGUCCCCGGCAGCUCGUUGCGCAUUGCGUUCUCCCCGCCACCAGGAUGCCGGUAACCGAGAAGGAUCUGGCGGAGGACGCGCCUUGGAAGAAGAUACAGCAGAACACUUUCACACGCUGGUGCAAUGAGCACCUCAAGUGCGUGAACAAACGCAUCGGCAACCUGCAGACCGACCUGAGCGACGGGCUGCGGCUCAUCGCGCUGCUCGAGGUGCUCAGCCAGAAGCGCAUGUACCGCAAGUACCAUCAGCGGCCCACCUUUCGCCAGAUGCAGCUCGAGAAUGUGUCCGUGGCGCUCGAGUUCCUGGACCGUGAGAGCAUCAAGCUCGUGUCCAUCGAUAGCAAAGCCAUUGUGGAUGGGAACCUGAAGCUCAUCUUGGGUCUGGUGUGGACGCUGAUCCUCCACUACUCCAUCUCCAUGCCUGUGUGGGAGGAUGAAGGGGAUGAUGAUGCCAAGAAGCAGACGCCAAAGCAGAGGCUGCUGGGGUGGAUUCAGAACAAGAUCCCCUACUUGCCCAUCACCAACUUUAACCAGAACUGGCAAGAUGGCAAAGCCCUGGGAGCCCUGGUAGACAGCUGUGCUCCAGGUCUGUGCCCAGACUGGGAAUCCUGGGACCCGCAGAAGCCUGUAGAUAAUGCACGAGAAGCCAUGCAGCAGGCAGAUGACUGGCUGGGUGUCCCACAGGUCAUCACUCCUGAAGAAAUCAUUCACCCGGAUGUGGACGAGCACUCGGUUAUGACUUACCUGUCCCAGUUCCCCAAAGCCAAGCUCAAGCCAGGGGCUCCUCUCAAACCCAAACUCAACCCGAAGAAAGCCAGGGCCUAUGGCAGAGGAAUCGAGCCCACUGGAAACAUGGUGAAGCAGCCAGCCAAAUUCACUGUGGACACCAUCAGCGCCGGGCAAGGAGACGUGAUGGUGUUUGUUGAGGACCCAGAAGGGAACAAAGAAGAGGCACAAGUGACCCCUGACAGCGACAAGAACAAGACAUACUCUGUGGAGUAUCUGCCCAAGGUCACUGGGCUGCACAAAGUCACAGUCCUCUUUGCAGGACAGCACAUCUCCAAGAGCCCAUUUGAAGUGAAUGUUGACAAGGCCCAGGGAGACGCCAGUAAAGUCACUGCAAAAGGUCCAGGGUUGGAAGCUGUAGGGAACAUCGCCAAUAAGCCCACUUACUUUGACAUCUACACGGCAGGAGCUGGUGUGGGUGACAUUGGUGUGGAGGUGGAAGAUCCCCAGGGGAAGAACACUGUGGAAUUGCUCGUGGAAGACAAAGGAAACCAGGUGUAUCGAUGUGUGUACAAACCCAUGCAGCCCGGCCCCCACGUGGUCAAGGUCUUCUUUGCUGGGGACACUAUUCCUAAGAGUCCCUUCAUUGUGCAGGUUGGGGAAGCCUGCAAUCCAAAUGCCUGCCGGGCCAGUGGCCGAGGCCUGCAACCCAAGGGCGUCCGUAUCCGGGAGACUGCAGAUUUCAAGGUUGACACCAAAGCUGCAGGAAGUGGGGAGCUCAGUGUAACCGUGAAGGGUCCUAAGGGUCUGGAGGAGCUGGUGAAGCAGAAAGGCUUUCUGGAUGGGGUCUACGCAUUCGAGUAUUACCCCAGCACCCCGGGGAGAUACAGCAUUGCCAUCACAUGGGGGGGACACCACAUUCCAAAGAGCCCCUUUGAAGUUCAAGUUGGCCCUGAAGCAGGUAUGCAGAAAGUCCGUGCUUGGGGCCCUGGGCUCCAUGGUGGGAUUGUCGGGCGGUCGGCAGACUUCGUGGUGGAAUCCAUUGGCUCUGAAGUGGGGUCUCUGGGGUUUGCCAUUGAAGGCCCCUCUCAGGCAAAGAUUGAGUACGAUGACCAGAAUGAUGGAUCAUGUGACGUCAAAUACUGGCCCAAGGAGCCUGGCGAAUAUGCUGUUCACAUCAUGUGUGACGACGAAGACAUCAAGGAUAGCCCGUACAUGGCCUUCAUCCACCCAGCCACGGGAGACUACAACCCUGAUCUGGUUCGAGCAUAUGGGCCAGGUUUGGAGAAAUCUGGGUGCAUUGUCAGCAACCUGGCCGAGUUCACUGUGGAUCCUAAGGAUGCUGGAAAAGCUCCCUUAAAGAUAUUUGCUCAGGAUGGGGAAGGCCAACCUAUUGACAUCCAGAUGAAGAGUCGGAUGGACGGCACAUAUGCUUGCUCAUACACUCCGGUGAAGGCCAUCAAGCAUACCAUUGCUGUGGUCUGGGGAGGCGUGAACAUCCCGCACAGCCCCUUCAGGGUCAACAUCGGGCAAGGUAGCCAUCCUCAGAAGGUUAAAGUGUUUGGGCCAGGAGUGGAGAGAAGUGGUCUGAAGGCAAAUGAACCUACACACUUCACAGUGGACUGUACUGAGGCUGGGGAAGGUGAUGUCAGCGUUGGCAUUAAGUGUGAUGCCCGGGUGUUAAGUGAAGAUGAGGAAGACGUGGAUUUUGACAUUAUUCACAAUGCCAAUGAUACGUUUACAGUCAAAUAUGUGCCUCCUGCUGCUGGGCGAUACACUAUCAAAGUUCUCUUUGCAUCUCAGGAAAUCCCCGCCAGCCCUUUCAGAGUCAAAGUUGACCCUUCCCACGAUGCCAGCAAAGUGAAGGCAGAAGGCCCAGGGCUCAGCAAAGCAGGUGUGGAAAAUGGGAAACCGACCCACUUCACUGUCUACACCAAGGGGGCCGGGAAAGCCCCGCUCAACGUGCAGUUCAACAGCCCUCUUCCUGGCGAUGCAGUGAAGGAUUUGGAUGUCAUCGAUAACUACGACUACUCCCACACCGUUAAAUAUACACCCACCCAACAGGGCAACAUGCAGGUUCUGGUGACUUACGGGGGCGAUCCCAUCCCUAAAAGCCCUUUCACUGUGGGUGUUGCUGCACCGCUGGAUCUGAGCAAGAUAAAACUCAAUGGGCUGGAAAACAGGGUGGAAGUUGGGAAGGAUCAGGAGUUCACCGUUGAUACCAGGGGGGCAGGAGGCCAGGGGAAGCUGGACGUGACAAUCCUCAGCCCCUCUCGGAAGGUUGUGCCAUGCCUAGUGACACCUGUGACAGGCCGGGAGAGCAGCACAGCCAAGUUCAUCCCUCGGGAGGAGGGGCUGUAUGCUGUAGACGUGACCUACGAUGGACACCCUGUGCCCGGGAGCCCCUACACAGUGGAGGCCUCACUGCCACCAGAUCCCACCAAGGUGAAGGCGCAUGGUCCUGGCCUCGAAGGUGGUCUUGUGGGCAAGCCUGCUGAGUUCACCAUCGAUACCAAAGGAGCUGGUACCGGAGGUCUGGGCUUAACGGUGGAAGGUCCAUGCGAGGCCAAAAUCGAGUGCUCCGACAAUGGUGACGGGACCUGCUCAGUCUCUUACCUUCCCACAAAACCCGGGGAGUACUUCGUCAACAUCCUCUUUGAGGAAGUCCACAUACCUGGGUCUCCCUUCAAAGCCGACAUUGAAAUGCCCUUUGACCCCUCUAAAGUCGUGGCAUCAGGGCCAGGUCUCGAGCAUGGGAAGGUGGGUGAAGCUGGGCUCCUUAGCGUCGACUGUUCAGAAGCGGGACCAGGGGCCCUGGGCCUGGAAGCUGUCUCAGACUCGGGAGCAAAAGCCGAAGUCAGUAUUCAGAACAACAAAGAUGGCACCUACGCGGUGACCUACGUGCCCCUGACGGCCGGCAUGUACACACUGACCAUGAAGUAUGGUGGUGAACUCGUACCACACUUCCCUGCCCGGGUCAAGGUGGAGCCUGCCGUGGACACCAGCAGGAUCAAAGUCUUUGGACCAGGGAUAGAAGGGAAAGAUGUGUUCCGGGAAGCCACCACCGACUUUACGGUUGACUCUCGGCCGCUGACCCAGGUUGGGGGUGACCACAUCAAGGCCCACAUUGCCAACCCCUCAGGGGCCUCCACCGAGUGCUUUGUCACAGACAAUGCUGAUGGGACCUACCAGGUGGAAUACACACCCUUUGAGAAAGGUCUCCAUGUAGUGGAGGUGACAUAUGAUGAUGUGCCUAUCCCAAACAGUCCCUUCAAGGUGGCUGUCACUGAAGGCUGCCAACCAUCUAGGGUACAAGCCCAAGGACCUGGAUUGAAAGAGGCCUUUACCAACAAGCCCAAUGUCUUCACUGUGGUUACCAGAGGGGCAGGAAUUGGUGGGCUUGGCAUCACUGUUGAGGGACCAUCAGAGUCGAAGAUAAAUUGCAGAGACAACAAGGAUGGCAGCUGCAGUGCUGAGUACAUUCCUUUCGCUCCGGGGGAUUAUGAUGUUAAUAUCACAUAUGGAGGAGCCCACAUCCCUGGCAGCCCCUUCAGGGUUCCUGUGAAGGAUGUUGUGGACCCCAGCAAGGUCAAGAUUGCCGGCCCUGGGCUGGGCUCAGGCGUCCGAGCCCGUGUCCUGCAGUCCUUCACAGUGGACAGCAGCAAGGCUGGCCUGGCUCCGCUGGAAGUGAGGGUCCUGGGCCCACGAGCUGAUGGCACGGAUUCCCAGUCAUGGCGCAGCCCCUUGAAAGCCCUUUCAGAGUUCUUUAAAGGUGAUCCGAAGGGUGACUUUAAUGAGACAGGCCUGGUGGAGCCAGUGAACGUGGUGGACAAUGGGGAUGGCACACACACAGUAACCUACACUCCAUCUCAGGAGGGACCUUAUAUGGUCUCAGUUAAAUAUGCUGAUGAAGAGAUUCCUCGCAGUCCCUUCAAGGUCAAGGUCCUUCCCACAUAUGAUGCCAGCAAAGUGACCGCCAGUGGCCCCGGCCUUAGUUCCUAUGGUGUGCCUGCCAGUCUACCUGUGGACUUUGCAAUCGAUGCCCGAGAUGCCGGGGAAGGCCUGCUUGCUGUUCAGAUAACGGACCAAGAAGGAAAACCCAAAAGAGCCAUUGUCCAUGACAAUAAAGAUGGCACAUAUGCUGUCACCUACAUCCCCGACAAGACUGGGCGCUAUAUGAUUGGGGUCACCUACGGGGGUGACGACAUCCCACUUUCUCCUUAUCGCAUCCGAGCCACACAGACGGGUGAUGCCAGCAAGUGCCUGGCCACGGGUCCUGGAAUCGCCUCCACUGUGAAAACUGGCGAAGAAGUAGGCUUUGUGGUUGAUGCCAAGACUGCCGGGAAGGGGAAAGUGACCUGCACAGUUCUGACCCCAGAUGGCACUGAGGCCGAGGCCGAUGUCAUCGAGAAUGAAGAUGGAACCUAUGACAUCUUCUACACAGCUGCCAAGCCAGGCACAUAUGUGAUCUAUGUGCGCUUCGGUGGUGUUGAUAUUCCUAACAGCCCCUUCACUGUCAUGGCCACAGAUGGGGAAGUCACAGCCGUGGAGGAGGCACCGGUAAAUGCAUGUCCCCCUGGAUUCAGGCCCUGGGUGACCGAAGAGGCCUAUGUCCCAGUGAGUGACAUGAAUGGCCUGGGAUUUAAGCCUUUUGACCUGGUCAUUCCGUUUGCUGUCAGGAAAGGAGAAAUCACUGGGGAGGUACACAUGCCUUCUGGGAAGACGGCCACACCUGAGAUUGUGGACAACAAGGACGGCACGGUGACUGUUCGAUACGCCCCCACUGAAGUUGGGCUCCACGAGAUGCACAUCAAAUACAUGGGCAGCCACAUCCCUGAGAGCCCACUCCAGUUCUAUGUGAACUACCCCAACAGUGGAAGCGUUUCUGCAUAUGGUCCAGGCCUCGUGUAUGGAGUGGCCAACAAAACUGCCACCUUCACCAUCGUCACAGAGGAUGCAGGAGAAGGUGGUCUGGACUUGGCUAUUGAGGGCCCCUCAAAAGCAGAAAUCAGCUGCAUUGACAAUAAAGAUGGGACAUGCACAGUGACCUACCUGCCCACUCUGCCAGGCGACUACAGCAUUCUGGUCAAGUACAAUGACAAGCACAUCCCUGGCAGCCCCUUCACAGCCAAGAUCACAGAUGACAGCAGGCGGUGCUCCCAGGUGAAGUUGGGCUCGGCCGCUGACUUCCUGCUUGACAUCAGUGAGACUGACCUCAGCAGCCUGACGGCCAGCAUUAAGGCCCCAUCUGGCCGAGAUGAGCCCUGUCUCCUGAAGAGGCUGCCCAACAACCACAUUGGCAUCUCCUUCAUCCCCCGGGAAGUGGGUGAACACCUGGUCAGCAUCAAGAAAAAUGGCAACCACGUGGCCAACAGCCCCGUGUCCAUCAUGGUGGUCCAGUCCGAGAUCGGUGACGCCCGCCGAGCCAAAGUCUAUGGCCGUGGCCUGUCAGAAGGCCGGACUUUCGAGAUGUCUGACUUCAUCGUGGACACAAGGGAUGCAGGUUAUGGUGGCAUAUCCUUGGCAGUGGAAGGCCCCAGCAAAGUAGACAUCCAGACAGAGGACCUGGAAGAUGGCACCUGCAAAGUCUCCUACUUCCCCACUGUGCCUGGGGUUUAUAUCGUCUCCACCAAAUUUGCUGAUGAGCACGUGCCUGGGAGCCCAUUUACCGUGAAGAUCAGCGGUGAGGGAAGAGUCAAAGAGAGCAUCACCCGCACCAGUCGGGCCCCGUCCGUGGCCACUGUCGGGAGCAUUUGUGACCUGAACCUGAAAAUCCCAGAAAUCAACAGCAGUGAUAUGUCGGCCCACGUCACCAGCCCCUCUGGCCGUGUGACUGAAGCGGAGAUUGUACCCAUGGGGAAGAACUCGCACUGCGUCCGGUUUGUGCCCCAGGAGAUGGGCAUGCACACGGUCAGCGUCAAGUACCGCGGGCAGCACGUCACUGGCAGCCCCUUCCAGUUCACCGUGGGGCCACUUGGUGAAGGAGGUGCCCACAAGGUGCGGGCAGGAGGCCCUGGCCUGGAGAGAGGAGAAGCGGGAGUCCCAGCUGAGUUCAGCAUUUGGACCCGGGAAGCAGGUGCUGGAGGCCUCUCCAUCGCUGUUGAGGGCCCCAGUAAGGCUGAGAUUACAUUCGAUGACCAUAAAAAUGGGUCGUGCGGUGUGUCUUAUAUUGCCCAAGAGCCUGGUAACUACGAGGUGUCCAUCAAGUUCAAUGAUGAGCACAUUCCGGACAGCCCCUACCUGGUGCCGGUCAUCGCGCCCUCUGACGACGCCCGCCGCCUCACUGUUAUGAGCCUUCAGGAAUCGGGAUUAAAAGUUAACCAGCCAGCAUCCUUUGCUAUAAGGUUGAAUGGCGCAAAAGGCAAGAUUGAUGCAAAGGUGCACAGCCCCUCUGGAGCCGUGGAGGAGUGCCACGUGUCUGAGCUGGAGCCAGAUAAGUACGCUGUUCGCUUCAUCCCUCAUGAGAAUGGUGUUCACACCAUCGAUGUCAAGUUCAAUGGGAGCCACGUGGUUGGAAGCCCCUUCAAAGUGCGCGUUGGGGAGCCCGGACAAGCGGGGAACCCUGCCCUGGUGUCCGCCUAUGGCGCAGGACUCGAAGGGGGCACCACAGGUAUCCAGUCGGAAUUCUUUAUUAACACCACCCGAGCAGGUCCGGGGACACUAUCCGUCACCAUCGAAGGCCCGUCCAAGGUUAAAAUGGAUUGCCAGGAAACACCUGAAGGGUACAAAGUCAUGUACACCCCCAUGGCUCCUGGUAACUACCUGAUCGGCGUCAAAUACGGUGGGCCCAACCACAUUGUGGGCAGUCCCUUCAAGGCCAAGGUGACAGGCCAGCGUCUGGUUAGCCCCGGCUCAGCCAAUGAGACCUCGUCCAUCCUGGUGGAGUCAGUGACCAGGUCUUCUACAGAGACCUGCUAUAGCGCCAUUCCCAAGGCAUCCUCAGACGCCAGCAAGGUGACCUCUAAGGGGGCAGGGCUCUCGAAGGCCUUUGUGGGCCAGAAGAGUUCCUUCCUGGUGGACUGCAGCAAAGCUGGCUCCAACAUGCUGCUGAUCGGGGUCCAUGGGCCCACCACCCCCUGCGAGGAGGUCUCUAUGAAGCAUGUAGGCAACCAGCAAUACAACGUCACAUAUGUCGUCAAGGAGCGGGGCGAUUAUGUGCUGGCUGUGAAGUGGGGGGAGGAACACAUCCCUGGCAGCCCUUUUCAUGUCACAGUGCCUUAAAACAGUUUUCUCAAGUCCUGGGGAGAGUUCUUGUGGUUGCUUUUGUUGCUUGUUUGUAAUUCAUUUUAUACAAAGCCCUCCAGCCUGUUUGUGGGGCUGAAACCCCAUCCCUAAAAUAUUGCUGUUCUAAAGUGCCUUCAGAAAUAAGUCCUAGACUGGACUCUCGAGGGACCUGUUGGAGAAUCUUGAGAAAUGCAAGCUUGUUCAGUGGGCUGAGAAGAUCCCGCGUACACUAGGUGCCAACCAGAACUCUUGGUGGAGCAGAUCACCCACUGCAGCAGACAGACCGGGCACACGAUGAGACUGACGUUUCAGAAAAACAAAACUGGCUAGCCUGAGCUGCUGGUUCGCUCCUCAGCAUUUAUGAAACAAGGCUAGGGGAAGGUGGGCAGAGAAAAGGGGGACACCUAGUUUGGUUGUCAUUUAGCAAAGGGGAUGACUUAAAAUCAGCUUAAUCUCUUUCAGUGCCCGUGUUAAUGUAUUUGGCUAUCAGAUCACUAGCACUGCUUUACUGCUCCUCACUGCCAACACCACCAUGCUCUGUGGCCUUCUUACGCUUCUCAGAGGGCAGAGUGGAUGUGGUGGCAGCCGGGCCCGUAUGUCUCCCAAGUACCUGUACCCUCGCUCUGAUGAUUAUUUCUUGCAGAGUCACCACACGAGACCAUCCCGGCAGUCAUGGUUUUGCUUUAGAUUUCCAAGUCCGUUUCAGUCCCUUCCUAGGUCUGAAGAAAUUCUGCAGUGGUGAGCAGUUCCCCACUUGCCAAAGAUCCCUUUUAACCAACACUAGCCCUUGUUUUUAGCACAUGCUCCAGCCCUUCAUCGGCCUGGGGAGUCUUACCAAAAUGUUUAAAGUGACCUCAGGGGGCCCAUGGAUUAGCGCCCUCAUCCCAAGGCCUGUCCCUUGACUUAACACUCCACACCCGCCCCAGCCAGCUUCAUGGCUCACUUUUUCUGGAAAAUAAUGAUCUGUACAGACAGGAAAGAAUGAAACUCCUGCCGAUCUUUGGCCUGAAAGUUGGGAAUGGUGGGGGAGAGGAAGGGCAGCAGCUUAUUGGUGGUCUUUUCACCAUUUAGCAGAAACAGUGAGAGCUGUGUGGUGCAGAAAUACAGAAAUGAGGUGUAGGGAAUUUUGCCUGCCUUCUGCAGACCUGAGCUGGCUUUGGAAUGAGGUUAAAGCGUCAGGGACGUUGCCUGAGCCCAAAUGUGUAGUGUGGUCUGGGCAGGCAGACCUUUAGGGUUUGCUGCUUAGUCCUGAGGAAGUGGCCACUGUUGUGGCAGGUGUAGCAUAUGGGGCGAGUGUUGGGGGUAAAAGCCCACCCUACAGAAACUGGAGCAGCCCGAAGCCUGAUGUGAAAGGACCACGGGUGUUGUAAGCUGGGACAUGGAAGCCAAACUGGAAUCAAACACCGACUGUAAAUUGUAUCUUAUAACUUAUUAAAUAAAACAUUUGCUCCGUAAA